CAAGUUUAAUAGUAGUAUUAAUAUAGCCUACCACUAGUUGUAACAAGCAGCAACUGAACCAGCAAGAAACGCUACAACUUCAGUGGGCGACAGAGCAAACACCUCGCGUAGAGCCAGAGGCAGCAAGAAGGUGUCCACGUCCAUGGAGCCUCACGUCCUCCUCGUGUCGUUCCCUAUGCAGGGCCACGUCAACCCGCUCCUCCGCCUCGGCCGCCGCCUCGCCGCCAGGGGCCUCCUCGUCACCUUCUCCACCGUCCGCCUCCCCGGCCUCCGUGACGUGCCGGAGGACGGAGCGUGCGCCGACGUCGGCCUCGGACGCCUAAGGUUCGAGUACAUGCGCGACGGCGGCGGCUCGCGAUCUUACAUGGCCCCCGAUGACAUGCUGUCGCACGUCGCCGCCGUGGGCCCCCCGGCGCUGGCCGAGCUCGUCGGGCGCCAGGCCGACGCCGGCCGGCCGGUGACGUUCGUCGUGAACAACAUCUUCGUGCCAUGGGCGCUCGAUGUCGCCGCCGGGAUAGGCAUCCCGUGCGCCAUGCUGUGGAUCCAGCCGUGCUCCGUGUUGUCGAUAUACUACCACUUCUACAAGUCACCGGAGGCCUUCUUCCCUACCGCCGCCGAGCCCGACGUGCGGGUCGCGCUGCCCGGCUUGCCGGUGAUGGCCAUGGACGAUAUGCCUUACAUGGUUCGUCCCGAGUUCGCGCAGAGCUUGUGGGGCGAAACGAUCCGGGCGCAGGUCGGGGCGAUCCAGAAGACGGUGUCGUGGGUGCUCGUCAACUCGUUCGACGCGCUCGAGCGUUCGGCCCUCGAGGCGCUUCGCGCGCACACGCCGGUCAAGCUCAUGCCCAUCGGUCCGCUCCUGGAGCAUGACCACGACGAUGGCGAGGACGACGCGCUGGCCCAGGCGCCAGUGGCCGAAGACGACGACGGCUGCAUCGCGUGGCUCGACGCGCAGCUGCCGCACUCCGUGGUGUACGUGGCGUUCGGCAGCCUGGUGAACAUCGGCCGCGACGAGACGGCGGCCAUGGCGGAGGGGCUCGUCGCCACCGAAAGGCCGUUCCUGUGGGUGGUGCGCGACGACAGCCGCGAGCUCAUACCGGAAGCCGUCCUCGAAGCCUGCAGCGACAGGGGCAAGGUGACGGCAUGGAGCCCGCAGGGCCGCGUGCUCCGCCACGGCGCCGUCGGGUGCUUCGUGACGCACUGCGGGUGGAACUCCAUCAUGGAGGCGCUCGCCGCGGGCGUUCCGGUGGUCGGGUACCCGUGGUGGUCCGACCAGCACACCAACGCCAAGUUCUUGGUGGAGGACUACAAGGUCGGCGUCCGGCUACCGGCGCCAGUGGCCGGCGACGAGCUUCGUGCCUUCGUCGACAGGGUGAUGAGCGGGCCGGAGGCGGCGGUGCUCAAGAGGAGAGCGAUGGACUGGAAGCGGGAAGCGGCGGCGGCGGUUGCCGAUGGUGGCUCGUCGGAUCGGAGCCUCCAGGAUUUCGUUGACCAUGUACGGCGAUCCUCUAGAUCUGUCGAGUUGGCGCGAUUAGCUCAGGAAAUCGAGAUUAUAAAUGGGCCGGUCAAUCCGGUCCUAGUUUAAUAAUCUAGCAGACCAUUUUGCUAUUAUUAGUGUGUGUAAUAGCGUUAUUAUUGGUAAAAAACAUGUCUAGUAUUCUCUCUGUUUUAGAAAAAAAAACAAAAAUUCUGAUUAUCAAUCUGAAUAUAGGUUAUGUACUUAUGUCCAUAUUCAUAACCACAAAUUCGUUUUCUAUGUAUGUAGUCCCAUGUCAAUUUAUCUU